GCGCGCUUUUCCGGCCUACCCAAAAAGAUCGAUAGAUUCGAGCUCCCGUUGGUUGAAGAUUGCGGAUUGCAGUGGAGGGGUAGGGCACAGUAUACACACACAUACAUAGUCGGAGGUCCCGAUUGAGCACAAGGUCGUCUCCUCAUCAUGAGCUCAGGCGGGGGAGAUGCGAAGCUCUUUGCGAGAGUACGUACCGUCCCAUCCAGUCCUGUCUUCUCUCUAUUGCUGCUCUGCGCCGCCUUGUCUGGCAUUGCCAGCGUAUAUACUUCUGUCAAGCAUGCGCCGUCAGAUCGGCAGCUGUUCUGAAGGUUGCAGCUUGGAUAUCUUUCCUCACGCGACGGUGUCAAAUGCCUUCUUCUACGAUGUUUCUCCCCCAUUACGUUCCGCCGUCAGGCCCUGGUUCACCUUACUCACCUUAUUGGCGUUCUCCACAGGGCAAAGUUGCGGAAUUACGACUCGAGUUGAAUAGUGGUGGGAAGAAGGAUAAGAAUCAUGCGGCCAAGAAGAUUGCGUUGAAGAAGAUCGUGGCCAACAUGACGAUGAGCAACAAUGAUAUGGUGGCUCUGUUCCCAGAUAUCGUUGGCUGCAUGGCAAUACAGAGCUUGGAGAUCAAGAAGAUGUGCUUCUUGUUCCUAGUGAACUAUGCUCGUAUGAAGCCUGACGUUGCUUUGAAGGCUUUACCUACACUACAAGAAGACAUGACCGAUUCGAAUCCGCUUGUCAGAGCUCUUGCCCUGCGAACCAUGUCCUAUAUACACGUCCGCGAAUUUGUCGAAGCUACAGUUCCACCUACGAAGCAACUGCUGCGAGAUUCAGAUCCCUAUGUACGGAAAACAGCAGCGUUCUGCGUGGCGAAGCUAUAUGACCAUGACAGACAAUUAGUCGAGAGCUCGGAUCUCAUUGAUAGGUUGAAUUCGAUGCUUCGAGAUGACAAUCCCACAGUCGUGGCUAGUGCUUUGGCAAGUUUGAUGGAUAUCUGGGAAAGGAGUGAUGCGAUCAAACUUACGAUUGACUAUGGGAAUGCUUCGAAGAUGGUGCAAAUAUUGCCAGAUUGCUCCGAAUGGGGCCAAACAUACAUUCUUGAGGCGUUGAUGUCCUACGUCCCGCAAGAGUCCUCGGAAGCUCUGUUGCUUGCAGAGCGGAUUUCACCUCGAUUAUCACAUUCAAACUCUGCUGUGGUACUAACUUGCAUAAGAGUUAUUCUUUACCUGAUGAACUAUAUUGCGGACCAAAAGCAGAUAUCAAUCUUGUGUCGAAAACUGUCUCCGCCACUCGUCACGUUGCUAGCGAAAGGGCCAGAAGUACAAUAUCUAGCCUUGAGGAACGCACUGCUGAUCUUGCAGCGGCGGCCGGAAGUUCUUCGAAAUGACAUUAGAGUGUUCUUUUGCAAGUACAAUGACCCGAUUUAUGUCAAAGUCACAAAACUGGAGUUGAUCUUCAUGCUCGCGACUGAGAACAACAUCGAGGAAGUUCUGACGGAAUUGAGAGAAUACGCAACUGAAAUCGACGUCCAUUUCGUGCGAAAAUCCGUUCGUGCAAUUGGAAAGCUGGCAAUCAAGAUUGAGCCGGCCGCCAGACGAUGUAUCAACACCCUGCUCGAGCUUGUGGCCACAAAAGUUACAUAUAUUGUUCAGGAAGCAACAGUGGUCAUCAGAAACAUCUUUAGGAAGUAUCCCAAUCAGUACGAAUCCAUUAUCUCGACGCUUUGCGAAAACCUCGAUUCUCUGGAUGAACCUGAGGCUAAAGCUGCGAUGAUUUGGGUUAUCGGGCAGUAUGCGUCUAGGAUUGAGAACUCAGAUGUGCUGCUCGAGGACUUCCUUUACUCCUUUGCUGAUGAGCCUGUCGAAGUCCAGCUCGCUCUUUUGACAGCCACCGUGAAGUUGUUCAUUCAACGACCGACUAAGGGCCAGGAGCUUGUUCCAAAGGUCCUCAAAUGGGCAACGGAAGAUACCGAUAACCCUGAUCUGAGAGACAGAGGGUACAUGUAUUGGCGACUGCUGUCAUCAGAUAUGGCAACGGCCAAAGCAAUAGUGAUGGGCGAGAAACCUCCCAUCACCGCCGAAUCCGAAAAACUAGACCCAGCCACGCUCGAAGAAAUGUGUCUGAAUGUCGGAACGUUGGCUACUGUGUACCUAAAACCAGUUCAGCAAGUUUUCCGAUCUGCUCGGCCGCGAAAAUUGGCAGACAGCCCGGCUCUCCAAAAACACCUUCUACCAACAGCCAACGGCCUCGAUUCACAGAAAUCAUUAUCAUCCUUCGGAAUGGAGGGUCAACCUACAGUCAGGCCCUCGAACAACGGAGACCUAGCAGCCGCAGUCGAUGCAGCAGACGAGUUCUUCGCUGGAGUGGGCAGUAAUCAAAUGGCCGCCAUGCACGUCAAUGGAGGUGACGACGGGUUUGGCGGUAGUCCGACCGUCGGCAGAGGGGAGAUGCAAUAUGUUGUGAAUCAGAACGCGCCAGAGCAGGUAUACCAACCUACUAUGGGCGGCGGAUCGAAUGGGGAUCUUCUCAUGCUUUGAGAAUGGAUGCAUAGUUUGCGGCAGCGUAGU